GUUUCCCCCCCAGGUUUUUUGUGUGUUAAAUGUUCCGAGGAGAAGACUUCAACCCGCAGGUGGCAGAGUAUAUAUAUAAGAGACGCUGCAACCUACGUUCCUACGUCCAAAUGGCUAUUGCGGGGACUUCAAUGUCUGAAUUGUCGCGCGUGUAUGGGUGUUUAAAAUGAAUAGGCCGGUAGAGCGCCAAGCCUCAGCAUCUCACGACCAUGAGCUGGAACUUGAGCAAGUCCCGGCGUCUUCAUCUUCUGGAGGUAUAGAUGCGGCGCCCUGUCCGGGGAGGGUUCAUUCGCAGAGGCAAGAGACGCAGAAUGAGGUGCCCCGGGAAGAACGAAUUUCGAGGCUGCAAGAGACGAGAUUGCAAGAGAGGCCGGAUGCGAUAGAAGAAAAUAUUCAGAGAACGCGAGAAACGCCCGGGACCAUAGAUGAAAACAAUGUGAUCCCGGGAUUUGAGUCCGAGCGAGCGCGAAUCGAGCGGCUGGGCAGAGAAAGACCGCCGCAGUUUCAUUCUCUGUUGGCGGAAAUUGGGUUUUGUUUUUCAAUCUCCAUGUCCCAGGUUUUGGCUGAAUACUUCGUGUCCGGCUUCAACGUCGUGCUCCCCAGCAUAGUGACCAAACUCAACAUCCCGUCCGAAUCAUCCACAUGGCCCGCCAGCGCCUUCUCGCUCGUCAUUUCCUCUUUCCUUUUAGGCUUUGGGCGGCUCGCAGACAUGCACGGCGGAUACCCGGCCUACGUCCUCGGGUUUGCCUGGAUGACCGUGUGGUCCGUGAUCGCGGGCUUCUCGCAGAACGCGCUCAUGUUGAACUUCUGCCGGGCGCUGCAGGGACUCGGCCCCGCAUCUUUUCUCGUGUCCGGCUUGAUGCUCCUGGGCAGCAUCUACCGGCCGGGCCCGCGCAAGAACGUCGUGUUUAGCAUCUACGGCGCCUGCGCGCCCCUCGGCUUCUUCGCGGGCAUUUUCUUCGCCGGCCUCUGCGGCCAGUACCUCACCUGGCGGUGGUAUUUCUGGAUCGGCGCCUGCCUCUGCGCCAUCACGACCGUCGCUGCGUACUUUGCCAUCCCGUCGGACGUGGCCGAGCGGCGCGCCCUCGGCAUCAAAAUGGACUGGUACGGCGCCAUCUUGAUCUUUGCCGGUCUCGUUCUCGUCGUGUUUGCCAUUACGGACAGCUCCCAUGCCCCCCGUGGCUGGGCGACGCCGUAUAUUUUUGUCACGUUUGUCGUGGGCGCCCUACUGCUCGCCGUCGCCGUCUAUGUGGAGGGUUGGGUCGCAGAGCAUCCCCUCGUCCCGCCGGAUCUGUUUAGGAUCCCGUAUAUGAAGCCGCUUGCCGUGACGCUGUUUCUCAUGUAUGGCUGCUUGGGCGUCUAUUUGUUUUAUGCUACGUUUUACAUGGAAACCAUCAUGGGCGCAACCCCGCUCCAAGUCGUCGCCUGGUGCGUCCCCAUGGCUCUCGGCGGCUGCAUCAUCUCCACCGUCGGCGGCUUCUUCCUGCACCUCGUCCCGGGCACUAUCUUGAUCAUCGUCGCCGGCAUCGCCUGGACCAUUGCCCCGCUGCUCUUUGCCAUCGCGCCCGCCCCGCACGCGAAUUACUGGGCCUACGUUUUCCCUUCCAUGAUCUGCGCCACCCUCGCAGUCGACAUUACCUAUAGCGUCACGAAUAUCUUCAUUAGCACCAACAUGCCCAAAAAGAGACAGGGCCUCGCCGGCGCCUUCAUCAAUAGCGUCUUGUAUCUCGGUAUUUCGUUUCUCCUGGGUUUUGCCGAUAUUACUGCCGCCCAGACUUCUUCUUCUUCCUCUUCUUCGUCCUCUGUCUCCUCGAGUGACUCGUCGUCGGCGGCAAAAACCGGGACCGUUUCCGCGGGCGAGACAAAGGCGUACAAGUCGGUGUUCUGGUUCGAAAUGGCAUGCGCCGCCACGGCGCUCGUUGUGGCGAUUGCGUUUGUGCGCAUCACGGAGGCGAAAAGCGAUAUGACGUUUGAUGAAAAGGAGGCCGAGAAGCACGCGGAGAAGGAUGUGACGGCUGUAGAUGCAGGUGCAAUGCAGGAGCAGAGGCGUCGCGUCAUACUUCAACUGGAGUAGCGGUAGAAGAAGAAAAGUAAAAUACCCUGUGUGUAGAAUUGUUUGUAUAAAUUUUGGGGGCGGAGGGAGCAUAAAGUAGUGUACAUUAGUGCAUAUAUCUCCCACUCUAACCCUUUAUAUCAUAGAAACGGCCAGUCAUUCUGGGCGGUGGAUUGAAACCAGCCUGAAUAUGGACGGUCUGGAGGAUACCUUAGCGUGAUUUUUAUAUAGACAUAGGUUGUACGGAAUUGGUAUCGCGAGGGCAUGACUAGUAAUAUGACUAUAUUGUUCUG